AUGAAUUAGAAUACGCUAUUAAUUCUGCUUACAGUAUCUUCUAUUUUUCAGGGUAAGUAAUUGUAUUAUAAUCAAAGGUGGUUUUGGGUGUCCUGCUGGGACUUGGGGAAUAAGUCCUUGUUUACCGUGUAUGAGUUAGUGUGCCACUUGUAGUAUAUCUACACAAUGUAAUUCUUGCAAGCCUGGAUACUAUUAUGUAUCAUCUGGAUUAGGUCAAUGCCCAGGCUGUUCAUCUGUAUGUAAAACUUGCACUUCAUCCAGUACACAAUGUACAAGCUGUAACGAUGGAUAUUAUUUAUCUGGAACAAAUUGUCCAGCAUGCUAAAGCCCAUGUUCAUUAUGCAUAACCACUAAUAGUAAUUGUACUGGUUGUGUUGCUGGCUACUAUAUUUCAGGAUCAACCUGUGUAACAUGUUCAAAACCAUGUGCUUAAUGCACAACCUCUCCUUCAAAUUGUACAGUGUGCAUUGAUCCAUCUAAUUAAGCAAUUCCAAGUUGCGAUUGCACUUAACCAAAUAAAUACUUAGAUACAAUAACGUAUAUGUGUAACAACUGUGUUUCUCCUUGCCUUAAUUGUAGUUCAGCAACUAUAUGUGAUAGCUGUGUGAAUGGAUAUGUAUUAUCUGGUCAUACUUGUAUACCUUGCACUAAGCCUUGCGCAAAUUGCAUUACUAAUUAAACUACUUGUUAGACUUGUGUUGAUUCAGUGAAUUAAAUACCUUCCACUUGUAAUUGUAACAGUGGUUUUAUCAUGAAUUUAUCAACCUUUAUGUGUGAUCAAUGUAAUCAUCCUUGCACAACAUGUUAAAAUACAAUAAAUGAAUGUCAUAGUUGUGCUUCAACAUAUCAAUAUGAUUCAUCAGCUCAUACUUGUACUUGUUUAAUAAAUCAAUAUGAAGACAAUGGAUCACCUAAAGCAUGUUAAAAUUGUUCAUCGCCAUGUUUAACAUGUUCAAGUAUUACAAAUUGUAAUUCUUGUAUAAUUGGAUUAAAUAGGCAUUUAGUAGUAAGUAGUUGUAUUUGUGAUGAUGGUUAUUAUGAUAAUGUAGGAGUAUGUACUUUAUGUUCAUUACCUUGUAAAAAAUGUACUUCACCUACUGUUUGUACAGAAUGUAAUGAUAUUUUACAUUAAGUUUUAAAUGAUUGCCAUUGUAUUGAUACAUAUUAUAUGGAUGCUUCAUCUAUUUGUUAAUUAUGUAUUAGUCCAUGUCUUAAUUGUUCAAGUAAUAGUAUUUGUACAUCUUGCAUUAAUAAUUAUUAUUUAGAUAGUCCUAAUUGUUUAUAAUGUUCUUUACCUUGUUAUAAUUGUAUAGAUAUAGAUACUAAAUGUACAUCUUGUGCUCAUUCUCAUUAAACAGUUUAAAGUGAUUUAUGUGUAUGUGAUGAUGGAUAUUAUAUGGAUGGUUCUUAUUAUUGUUAAUUAUGUACUCAUCCUUGUUCUAAAUGUACAAAUAUAAGUACAUAUUGUACAGACUGUGCUAGUACAUUUAUAUCAAGUGGAUCUAAUACUUGUAUUUGUGAUGAUGGAUAUUAUGAGGAAACAUUAAAUUCUCCUAGUGAUUGUUAACCUUGUACUUCUCCAUGUGUUAAAUGUGAAAUAGAAUCUACUCAUUGUGUAGCAUGCAUUGAUAGUAAUUAAACAGUUGAUCCAUCAACAUAUUAAUGUUUAUGUAAUAUAGGUUGGGUUGCAAAUGGAAAUUUAUGUGAUUAAUGUGUAUCACCUUGUACAUAAUGCUCAGGAACAACAACUUAUUGCACAGGUUGUAAGGAUGCACAUCAUGUAUUAAGUAGUGGAUAAUGUAUUUGCGAAUCAGGAUGGUUGAAUGAUAGUAAUUAUGAUUGUUAACCAUGUAUUUCACCUUGUAAUUCAUGUUCAAAUAAUACUAGUCAUUGUGAUUCAUGUGUAGAUAUUAAUCAUAUUAUUAAUGGUAGUAAUUAAUGCAUUUGUUAAGAUACAUAUUAUUCAGAUACAAUAUCACAUUGUGAAUAAUGUGUAUAACCUUGUGCUAAUUGUGAUUUAAAUGGAUGUCUUACUUGUAUUGAUACAAAUUAAUAUAUUGAUACUAAUUUAGAUUGUGUUUGUAAUAAUGGUUAUUAUAUGCAUACAGUUAAUUGUUUAUUAUGUUAAUUACCUUGUGUAUAUUGUACAUCAUCAUUAGAUUGUUUAACUUGUAUUGAUACUAAUUAAACUGUUGUAAAUCAUAGAUGUAUAUGUAAUGAUGGCUAUUAUGCAACUGGAAAUUAUUGUAAUUAAUGUUAACUACCUUGUACUAAAUGUAUUACUACAUAAGAUACUUGUACUGAAUGCUUAGAUCCUAAUCAUGAAAUUAUUAAUAAUAAAUGUGUUUGUAAAUCUGGAUAUGGACAAUCUGGAUUAAAUUCUAAUUAUUGUUCUAUAUGUGAAUAUCCUUGUUUAGAAUGUUCAAUAAAUGUAAAUACUUGUACUAAAUGCAUUGAUUCAGGUUUGUAUAAAGUAGAAAGCAAUAAAUGCAUAUGUCAAGAAGGUUAUUUUAAAGAAGAUAAUUAAUGUUUAAGAUGUGCUCCAUAAUGCAAGACUUGUGAAUAAUUUUAAGAUAAUUGUUUAAUUUGCAAAGAUGCUACUUUUAUUUAAUUUAAUAAUUAAUGCUUUUGUGAUUAUGGCUAUUUUAUAAAUUAAUCCUUUUAAUGUAAACCCUGUUAAAAACCUUGUUCAACUUGUUAAUAUAAUAAUAAUUUCUGUACAUCUUGUAUAAAAGACUAUUAAUAUUUGAUAAAUCACACAUGUGUAUGUUAAGAUGGAUAUUAUAUGUAGAAUUAUGAAUGCUAAAAAUGUAAUUACACAUGCACUAAAUGCUUUAGCUUUAAUAUUUGUAAUGAAUGCAUAGAUGGAUAUUAUCUUUAUAAUGAUAUCUGUGAAUAGUGUGAUAAUGAAUGUUUAACAUGUAUUGAUCAUGAUGUAUGUUUAUCUUGUUCAGAUGGAUACUAUAUGGCUUAAAUGUAUAAAUGUUCAUCUUGUAUAAGUAAUUGUAAAGAAUGUAAUAAUGCAUAUACUUGUAUUACAUGUUUUGAUGGGUAUUUUAUUAAUGAUGAUAUAUGUUUAAAAUGUGAUGAUAAUUGUAAUACUUGUGUUGAUGAAUAUUAAAAGUGUCAAAGUUGUAAUAGUAAUUUUUUAUUAAUUGAUAAUAAAUGUAUUUGUCAAGAAGGUUAUUAUUAUUAGAAUUAUGAAUGUUUAAAAUGUUAAUAUCCAUGUAAAAAAUGUGAAAAUUAAUUUAAAUGUAAUGAAUGUAUAUUAUUAUCUAAUAUUCUAUUAAAUGAUUAAAAUAUGUGUAUAUGUUAAGAUGGUUAUUUUUGGUUAGAAAAUUAAUGUUAAGUAUGUGAUGAAACUUGUUAAACUUGUAAUUUACAAAGUUAAAAUUGUUUAAGUUGUAAACCAGAAUCUAAUAGAGUUCUUAUAAAAAAUAAAUGUUAAUGUGAAUCUAAUUAUUUCUUAAAUGAACUUAAUUUAUGUUAAAAUUGUAAAUCUGAGGAAGGGAAAGUAAUUAAAUCAUGUAAAUAUAAAAAUUGUGCUGAUUCUUAAUGGACUUAUGGAGAAGAAUGUGAUGAUGGAAAUGAUACUAAUAAAGAUGGUUGCUCUAAUUGUAUUAUUGAUAAAAAUUAUUCAUGUAUUAAUACUUUACUUUAAUAAUCUAUUUGCUUUUAAUGUCCAUAAUAUUGUGAACUUUGUGAUAAAGAUAAUAUUAAUAAAUUGGUUUGUAAAAAAUGUUAAUCAGGCUAUUUUCUAGAUUCCAAUUCAUGUAAUAAAUGCAAUGAAAAAUGUAAAGAAUGUGUCAAUUAAUCAUCAAACUGUUUAAUAUGUAAAUUCUAUUAAGAUGAUUAAAUGUAAUGUAAAUUAUGUGAGUCUAUGGAUGGAUAUUAUACAGAUUAUAACAACAAUUCAUGUUAAAGUAAGUGUGGUGAUGGUAUAAAGUCUAAGGAAGAAGAAUGUGAUGAUGGAAAUCUAGUAGAUUUUGAUGGUUGCAACUAAAAUUGUAAAAAGGAAUAAAAUUAUAUUUGUAAAAUGGGAAUAUGUUCUAGUACUUUGCUUAUUCCAGUUCCAAAAUUACAAGUUAUAGAAGAUACUUCACUUUAUAAUCCCUUAAGAUAAUUUUAACUUACAUAUAAUCUUGAUCUCGAUCUACCUGCUAAUUUUAAUUUAUCUGAAUUCAUACAAUUAGAGUUAUACUAAGGUUUUGAAUUCAAAAAUAUAAAUUAUGAAUAUUAAAUUACAUAGUAAUUAUAAAUCUAAAAUUCAAAUAAAACAAAGCUUUCAGCUAUUAUUAAAUUAACACUCAAUAGAACUUCAUAAUAAGAAUAUUUAUAAUUGAUGUUUAAAAAUUUGACUUAAUUUUCUUUAAAUGGUUAAAUAUAAUAAAUUUCAUAUCUAAGAGAAGAAAUUAAACAAUAUAUCUUAAUUGAUUAAUAAAUGAUAUAAUAAGUAGAAUUGGUUAAUUCAGGGAAUUAUUAUAUUUUAUAUAUUUUGGCAGGAUUUGCUGGAGGAUCAAUUUUAUUUGGAGGAGUUGAUAUAUUUUAUAAUCUACUUGAUACACUAUAGAUGUUAUCCUAUCUUAAAUAUAUUAAUACAUAAUUCCCAUUUAAUUUAGAAUAAUUUUUUAAUUUAUUUGGGUUUGCUUAAUUAAACUUCAUUUCAAAAUACUUUGAUAUUGCUGGCCUUAUUGAUCCUUAUAUAGAUUUUGAAAGAUUGAAAUCAAUUCCAUAAAAAAUCUCUGAUGAUGGUUAUAACAGCUUGUUUAUAAUAAAUGGAACAUCAUUAUUAACUAUUUGGCUAUCUUUCCUUUUUUUAUAUGGAAUAGCACUUAUCGUUCCACCUAUUUUAAGAUAAUUUUAAAUGAAAUAUUUUUCAGACACACCAGAUAAGGAUAAAUGUGUUUUGAAAAUGAAAUUAUAUGUUUUAUCUAUUAAAAUAUUUAUUGGAGAACUUUGCUACAUAAUGAUAUCUGAGUUUAUGUUUAGUGGAAUAAUAAGGACUCAUAUUUCAACAGCUUAUGAUUUUUCAUUUUCUAUGAUAUUAUAGAUUUCAGCUUUAGAACUUAAAUCUUAAGAUUAAUUAGUUUAAAUGAGUUCUGUAUUGGCAUUAUUUGCAUUAGCUGUUUAUUUAUUAGUAAUUUAUGCAAUAACUUAUAUUUCUCAAUUAAGUAAUUAUUCUAUUACUUAAAUAAAUAAUAAAUAACGUUAUGGGUCUAUUUUUGAGGGUUUAAAUUUAAAUUAAUACUGUAAAUUUACAAAUGCUAUAAUUCUAUUUAAAAAACUAUUUUUUAUGAUCCUUUUAAUUUUUACAUAUUCAAACCCUCUAUUUUAAUCAAUAAAUUUAGCAUUUCUUUCUUUGAUUUAAAGUUUAUUAAUAUUUUAUUUCAAACCUUUUGAAGAUUAGAAUGAAUAUAAAAAAUAAUUUUCAUGUGAAGUUAAUAUAUCUAUAACAUUAUUUCUUAUAUCAAUUUUAAUAAUUGAUUAAGAUUUAAAUUUUAAUUUUUUUACAGAAGAAGAUAGAAUAAAUUUAGGUUGGUGCUGUAUUAUUUGUAUCAGUUGUAUUUUGAUCAUUUAAUUAGUAAUCGAUAUUAUUUAAUAAUGGAAAUUAUUAAUCAAAAAAUAUCGAUAAAUUAAACAGUUGAUCGAAAAAUUUAACAAAUUAUUCUUUUCCUAACCUGAAAAUCAUGCAUCCCAUACCCCUCUUAGUAUGGUGCAUUGA